CAAAGCGCGCUGUGUCGCGUGUUUCAAGGACCGAUCGUCCACCGGCACCCGGCUCGCGCGCAGGGUUAAUGCAUGGCUGUCAACUCACACACACAGCUGAGCUGCCAUGGGGAGGAAGCCCUGUCCUUGCCUGUGACAACAAGUCGUCUCGAGAUGCACAUUGUGAUCUUAUCCUGUGCCUUUGCCACUCACCGAUGGAAGAACAGCAGCUGUUCACUAACAGAGAGAAUCACUGCAGAUGCACCCGGGGGCAGUCCUGUCACCCUGAAUUAGCACUAACCAGCUACCACCCCUUUAAGGAUCAUCCUUGCACACUUCAAAAAGCCCGAGGUGUCUGUCGUCUGCAUCAGCAGCAUGUUGAUAGGAAGUAGCAGAGUGACCAGAGCCACUCUGACUGCAGGCAGCCUUGCAACCCUUACCAGCCUGAAGUAACCAAGACCUUAGGGGAGUAGGACGCCAUGGACAAGAGUCACCUUGCUUUCAACCUUGACUCGGAGGAAGACAAAGGGCCCUACGUAUCCUUCUCCAGAGGGAGGCCCAGCCCUGGCCCUACCACUGAACCUCUGAGCAGUCUGGUGAAAUCCUCCUCUACAGAGAUUGAGGGCAGGGAGGUAGCAGCCCCCAGACACAAACCUCUCCUUAGCCUGGUCAAAUCAUUCUCGACUGAGAUCUCCCGCAGGGAGCCAGAGGUCUCCCAGUCCAGGUCUGACUCCCGGCUCAACCUGCACCUCUGGAAGCAGGUCAUGCAACCCAAAGGGGGUGACAGCGACUGGAGGAUAGCUCCUGCCUCUUCCAGCACCCUCUCUCCACCUCCUGAGGCUAGAGGCAGGUUUUUCAAGACAGAGCUAGAAGACACCCGUCGCCUGCUGUCCGAAGCCAUGCAGGAUCCACUCAGUAUGGUCAGCAAGAUGAUGGGGGAUGAGGCCCAGAUCAGCUCUCAGCAGCAGAAGAAGGCAGGGCCAUUAGACCAUAGUGACACCCACGAUGGUGGUGCCCCUUUAGGGCAGAGUAAUGAUGAGGUGGAGGGUCUGGAGGCACAAGGCAGGGACCUUCAGAGUGCCAAGGAAGCACCCAUCUCUUAUGAUACUCUAACAAGGAAAACCAAGAGAGGCCCUUCAGGAGACUGCGACAGCAGGUAUGAGAUCCACACCUUUGGUGACAUCAUUCAAGUGGUGGAGGUCCACAGGCCCCUGAGUGAGGAUGGAAAGCCAGUAGAGGGAUCCCCAGUUCCAGCACUACCACAUUCCAGAUCCACCAUCCCAGGUGGGUGGCUGUUCUGCAUGGGUGCCCUGGCUUAUAGCCUCUUUGUCCUGCCCCUGCCCACCUACCUGUCAGGGCUGUCACUGGGCCUUGCCUGUGGCUUUGUUCUGGGGCUGCUUCUAGUUCUUCUGCUGGCCCCCAGAUGCCCCAAUAGAAAUCAACUUGGGAUGCUGCAGCCCACAAGCACCACCCUGCAAUCUAAGUUCAGAAUCAGCAACCAGAAGAACCCAAACAUUUUGGAGGGUUGGAUGAAUGAGAUGCCUGCCUACGACCCUGAAACUUACCACCCCUCCCUCACGCACUCAGUGCUUGUCACGCUGGAAGGUUCUUGCUUACGAUUGGCUUACCCUAGCACCAAUAUCCCUCGCCGGGCCACCUUUGGCGAGAAGUCCCCAGAAGCCAUCUUCCUGGUCCAGCGCUGUUUCCAGCUGGCUGGCUGCAAGGUGUUCCUAUGGCCCCCGGCUCUGGCGCACAAGAGAAUGUGGAAUCCAAAGUAUCCCAUCUGCAUCAUGUUAGCCAGGGGGGAGGAGGGCGGUGAUACGCCAGUGGAGGAAGAGCCAAUUCACCAACAUACACUAACUACCAACCAGUCGGGACUGCCCAGCACUCUGUACUUGUUUGGUCGUACAGGACGAGAGAAAGAGGAGUGGUUCCAGUACCUUCUCUCAGCCUCCAAGUUAGACGACCAAGGCAGCCCUGACGGGGCAGUUUUACGUGUUUCAAGCCCUUCGGGGGUGUCACCAUGCAGUGGAGGCUCCUGGAAAGAGAGUAUAGAGGACCUCCCCUCUCUCCCGCAUCUCCAUGACCACGUGGGAAGUGAGAAGGAGAAAAUUGUACUGGACUAUGCUGCAUAUAUGGCACGCUUUGUGGUGCCAAAGAACAUUGGGAUUCAGCCAUCUCUCACACCCAGCAAACCACCAAGCCUUGGUGCUGGGGGCAGCCCCCCAGCCAUGAUGCAGCUCCCCUGUGAUGCUGUCACGGGAACCAUUGAAGUGCAGACAGCCUGGAUCAAUGCCCUCAUUGGCAGGAUCUUCUGGGACUUCCUUCGUGAAAAGUAUUGGUCAGAACAGGUGACACACAAGAUCCAGAAGAAGCUGAGUAAGAUUAAAUUGCCGUACUUCAUGAACGAGCUGACACUCACAGAGUUGGACAUGGGAUCCAGCAUGCCGCAGGUGAUGAGCACCACCAAGCCGUAUGUGGACCAUCGUGGGCUGUGGCUCAGGUUUGAGGUGGCCUACACAGGCUCCUUACAGAUGACCCUGGAGACCAAGAUGAACCUCUGCAAGCUGGGUAAGGAGAGCAGCACAGAGGCCGAUUGUACCCCAAAAGCAAGAAAUAUGAGCUCCAGGCCCAAGCUCUGUAUGCUGGCAGACAGCGAUGAGGAGUCCUCCAGCGUUGGGUCCUCCGAAGAGGAAGAGAUACAGCCUUCUGAACCCCAGGGAACUCUAGGAGACAAGGGUACUCCACCUGGGGCUGAUGGCCACAGCAGCGGCAGCACAAGCCGGAAGAUUCUGAGAUUCGUUGACAAAAUCGCCAAGUCCAAGUACUUCCAGAAGGCCACAGAAAACGAAUACAUCAAGAAGAAAAUUGUGGAGGUGUCCAACACACCUCUGCUGCUUACUGUGGAGGUGCGGGAGCUCUCAGGAGUGCUGACGGUCAACAUUCCGCCCCCAUCAACUGACAGAAUAUGGUACAGUUUCUGCACACCACCCCAACUGGACUUGCGUGUGAGGCCAAUGCUGGGUGAGAGGGAGGUCACCUUCACCCAUGUCACCGAGUGGAUAGAGAAGAAGCUGCAACGCGAGUUCCAGAAAGUGUUUGUGAUGCCGAACAUGGAUGACCUUUAUGUACCCCUGAUGCACUCUGGGCUGGAACAUCCUCCAGCAUUCCAGCAGUCCCCAGCACGGUCUUCGUGGCAGUCGUCCGAGGGGACCCCAGACAAGGAGGACGAUUCCAUGUCAGCCUAGCGCCUCCCUGCGGAGAGGUACAUACGGCCCAUUCCUGUGCUCCGAGAACCAGCGUUUGAGGAUCAGACUGAAAAUGCGCUACAGUUUUUCUCCCUUGAAAAGAUUAUGGGCUGACAGGAUCACAAGAUCUACAGAAAAACAAAUUAAAAAAUUCAAACAGAAUACUUCAAGCAGAAAAUCUGACCCCGCAAAAGAAGCCAACGAGAUUCCCAGUGCACUUGCCUCAACUGCGUCGUCUCUGCAGAAGAAGUGGCGCCCUUUGCUGGCCAUAGAAAGCAAUGCUGCGCACCGUAAAUCAAGAAUGCAACAGAAGGAUUGAAGGUGUGAAUGAGAGUGAUUUUGCACACCUGCGUGUUGUCACAGUUCCCACUGUUGUGCUGUUCUGGUGAAGGACUUGUAUCCUCUGGUGGUCUCCAGCAAGCAGUGUCAUUCACAGCCAGCUGUGUUAUUAAAAUGAGCCAGCCAGCAAUAGUUACAGCAUGUGAGUUCUGUACAGUGCUACUGUCUCCAUUCCUCAUUUAUGCCCAGUAAAGAAGUUAACAAUCCUGUCAUUUUUUUUACUUAAUUCUGCAGCAAUUUGUUUGCA